AUGAAGGUGCUCCCUGCAUCUGGCCUUGCUGUCCUCCUCGUCACCGCUCUGAAGUUUUCCACCGCAGCCCCCUCCCUGCUCACGGCCUCCCCCAGGACCUCAAGGAACAACUACCACCUUGCACAGGCGUACCUUGACAAGUAUUACACAAAAAAAGGAGGGCCCCAGAUUGGGGAGAUGGUUGCAAGAGGAGGCAAUUCCACGGUUAAAAAGAUUAAGGAGCUGCAGGCGUUCUUCGGCCUCCGAGUCACCGGGAAGUUAGACCGAGCUACCAUGGACGUGAUCAAGAGGCCUCGCUGUGGAGUUCCCGAUGUGGCCAACUAUCGCCUCUUCCCAGGUGAACCCAAAUGGAAAAAAAAUACUUUGACAUACAGAAUAUCCAAGUACACCCCUUCCAUGACCCCUGCGGAAGUGGACAGAGCCAUGGAGAUGGCCCUGCGGGCCUGGAGCAGCGCCGUCCCUCUGAACUUUGUCAGAGUCAACGCGGGCGAAGCUGACAUUAUGAUCUCUUUUGAAACCGGAGAUCACGGGGAUUCCUAUCCAUUCGAUGGGCCUCGAGGGACUCUAGCCCAUGCAUUUGCACCUGGAGAAGGCCUGGGAGGAGAUACACAUUUCGACAAUGCUGAGAAGUGGACUAUGGGAACGAAUGGUUUCAAUUUAUUCACCGUUGCUGCUCAUGAGUUUGGCCAUGCACUGGGCCUGGCCCAUUCCACAGACCCGUCAGCACUGAUGUACCCAACUUAUAAGUAUCAGAAUCCCUAUGGGUUCCAUCUCCCCAAGGAUGACGUGAAGGGGAUCCAGGCACUGUACGGACCUCGGAGAGCAUUCCCAGGGAAGCCCACCGCGCCCCACGGCCCCCCUCAUAAUCCGUCCAUCCCCGACCUCUGUGACUCCAACUUAUCCUUCGAUGCGGUGACGAUGCUGGGGAAGGAGCUCCUGCUCUUCAGGGACCGGAUUUUCUGGCGUCGGCAGGUUCACUUGAUGUCAGGGAUCCGGCCCAGCACAAUCACCAGCUCCUUCCCCCAACUUAUGUCCAAUGUGGAUGCAGCUUACGAAGUGGCUGAGAGGGGCACAGCCUACUUCUUUAAAGGACCCCACUAUUGGAUAACAAGAGGAUUCCAAAUGCAAGGUCCUCCUCGGACUAUUUAUGACUUUGGGUUCCCAAGAUAUGUGCAGCGAAUAGACGCCGCGGUCUAUCUCAAGGAUGCACACAAGACCCUUUUCUUUGUGGGAGAUGAAUACUACAGUUAUGAUGAGCGAAAAAGGAAAAUGGAAAAAGACUAUCCGAAGAGUACUGAAGAAGAAUUUUCAGGAGUCAAUGGCCAAAUAGAUGCGGCUGUAGAAUUAAACGGCUACAUUUACUUCUUUUCAGGACCCAAAGCAUACAAAUAUGAUACAGAGAAGGAAGAUGUGGUUAGUGUGCUGAAAUCUAGUUCCUGGAUUGGUUGCUAA